AUGGUCCUCUCCUUUUCGCCAGGUUGGUGGAGUCCUGCAGAGAUGUCACUUUUGAAUGACUUCCGGAUGGCCAUGGAUGAGCUGUUGGCAUCCCCAGAGCAGGAGACUGCAGACAUUGCGAGCAACGCUUACAAUAAGCUCAUGUUUGCUGUGGCUCAACAGAAGCAGCGCAAGGAUGCAAACAACUUUUUGCCGGAUGCAGACUACGACAUCAAGCGUGACAAUCAGGUUCAGGCACGACUGGUGGCCCCACCUUGUGGCAACCUGGAGCUCUAUGAGGUUGGUGGUCAUGUGCAUGCGCGGCAGCACACCAGGCCUGAAGCUUUUGCAGUGGAACACGAAGGUGCACAGGAGAAGUUCAGCGCGUCUCCCGCUUGGCUACGGUCCCUCUCUGAAUUAGCAAGACAAGAUUUGGAGGGAGACUUGCAGAUCCUCAGACAGAAAUUUGGACUUUCUGUGGCCGAGCUCUCCGAAACGAGGAAACACGGUUUGCCCACCGGGCUGGCUGUCGACAUCGCUGGGCCUGCGCCAGCCGUGGAGGCAGCCCGGAUAGAGCUGGUGGAAGGCAUUCUGAAGUACUAUGGCACCCAGGUGGAGUGGAGUGCGGCCGAGUUGCCAGCAGAGCCGGACGAGGAGCCACCCACGCGCUCAGCCCCCAGCAAGAGGCCCUUGGAAUCUGCCGAGUCUGCAAGCGCAAUGGAGGAUGAGGCGAAGGAACCUGCGCCCGAACCAUGGGGAGAUGCCCCCGCUGCUACCGAGGUAGUUUGGGAUGAUGCUCCUCAAGCAGUCGAGGUCUCCUGGGAUCAAGGCGAGCCACUCCCUGGACUGCGAGAGGCGCUGCGAAGCGUCAACUCCGAGCACUUGGCCAAGCGUGUCGAGGGCUGGGUAGAAGAAAGCGGCGCAGUCUCGGUGCAAGAGGUCAUUGAAAAUAUCGAGAUGUUAUUGGAUGAGUUGGGCUUAGAUGCUGAAGAUGCAAAGCGGCUGCAGCAGUUGCGGUGA